ACCAUCAAGUUAAAGCAAAGAUGGCGUUCAUUAUGUACUAUCUGUCUAAAUGUUUUUAUUCUUUUUUUUGACAACAAUUGAUAAUACAAUAAUAAUUUUAACAAGUGACAUUCACCAAUAAACAAUAACAAUACGUUGUGUUUUUUUAACUGUCCAAGUAUUAUUAUACUUUAAUGAUAUUUUAAAUUCAUUAUUCAAUGACAAGUACAAAUGUGUUGUUGAUAAAAAAUAAAUAAAUAAUAUAUCCAAGUAUAUAACAUUUGCAUGUACAAGUUUAAGUACAAUCCAAAUACAUAACCUAACUUGUCUUGAACCUUGAACUGAACAAUAAAUAUAUAUUUUCAUAUUAUCUUAGUCAAAUUAUAUUAAAUAAUUUUCUUAUUUUUCAAAAACUAUUGUGAAGUGAUAGAAAAAAAAAAAAAUUAAUAAAAUGCCAAAAGUAAGAAGUAAACCAAUUACUGGAGGUCAUUGGCUACGUCAACGUGAGUUGGGAAAUAAUUUUCCACCUGGUUAUGGUGAUCGUUUUCAUAAAACUCUUUACUCGUCAAUUCAACCUGUAACAUCUUGGGAUUCCAAAGAAACCUUAGGCACUGCUAUGCAUGGAGGUGUAUUCAAUCUCGAGUACUCACCUGAUGGGUCCAUAUUGGUAGCUGCUUGUGAAAAAAGAAGUAUUUUAAUGUUUGAUCCUCUUAGUAGACGUCUUAUACAUGCAAUUGACGAUGCUCACGGAGACUGUGUUAAUUGUGUCAGAUUUUUGGAUCAACGAAUGUUUGCAACAUGUUCAGAUGACAGAACAGUUGCACUUUGGGAUGCUAGAAAUUUAAAACAAAAAAUAAGAAUACUUGAAGGUCAUUCAAAUUGGGUUAAAAAUAUAGAAUACAGUCCAAGUGAUGCUUUACUAUUAACAAGUGGUUUUGAUGGUGCUAUAUAUACUUGGGACAUUAAUACUCAUACAGAAAAUGAUACAGAAAAUGGUACAGAAAAUAAUUGUAAAUAUAAACGUGUUUUUCAUACAAAUGGCUUAAUGAGAACAAGAUUAACACCAGAUGCAACAAAAAUGUUAAUAUGUACAACAUCUGGAUAUUUGAUAAUAAUACAUGAUUUAAAAUUGAGUACAUUAUCAGAUGAUCUUGCUGGUUUUAAACCAAAUAUGUAUCGUUUAAUGCAAUUAUCACAAACAACAAUACCAGUUGCUGCAAAUUUUACAAAUUUAUUUUCACAAACAAGGAAACAUAAUAGAGUUGAAUUUUUAACUGAUUUUCCAACUGGUGAUGAUGCUGAAGUUAUAUCAAGUUUACAAGUACAUCCACAAGGUUGGUGUGCAUUAUCAAGAAAUGUCAGUACUGGUGAAAAAUCUGAGUGGACAUGUAUACAUGAUAUUCAAGAACGUGGAGGAUUAAAUUCAUUUGAAUUAUCAAAAGAAGAUGAUUCAAAUUUAAGUCAAUUAAAUAAUGAAGAAUCUGAUGAUCUUAAUUUAAUAAGUCAUGCAAAUCCAUCAAGAUCUGGCACAACAUCAUCAUUUGUUAUUGGUAAUUCAAAUCGUUCAAGAAUCGUUCAUAGAAUGUCAUAUCCACGUGCAUCACAAUUUGUAUCAUCAAAUGAAUUAUCACAACCAGUAAGACCAUCAAGAACAAAUCAUUUUCGUAAUAAUAUACGUUCAAAUAUUCAUGGAAGAAUUGAAAGAAAUAAUAUUAGAACAAAUGCUGGUAUUAUUGAAAUAAAUUCAACUACUGAUAAUAACAAUUUAAAUAAUAGUAGAACAAAUUAUAUUAAUAAUAAUAAUAAUGACAAUGAUGAUGAUGAUGAUGACGAUAAUAAUAAUAGACAAGAUAGGCAAGAAAGUAGAAAUUUAAUUAAUGAUGGUGAUGAUAAUAAUCAAGAUAAUAAUAAUGAAAUGAAUGAUGAUAGAAUACCAAGACCAUUUAAUUAUCUUCGAAGAGGUAAUAUUAUUGAUAAUGGUAAUUUUCCAACAGCAAAUGUUGAAUUACAUGUUAGUUCAGCUGAUAUUUGGGAGGCAUUAGUUGCUAUUAGAGAAGCAAGAUCAAGACGUGAACGUGAACGUGAUUAUUAUACUACUGGUGAUACUAGAAAUUGGCUUAGACGUCCAAGUAGUGAUGUUGAUGUUAAUGUUAAUUUAUCACCAAGAGCAUCACAUACUGUUGUUAUACUUGGUAAUAAUCGUAGACAACCAGGACAAAAUAGUAUUGGACAACAACCAGCAUAUGCCAUACCAAGAAAUCAUAAAAUACAUCAAAAUAUGUCAAGAUUAACACAUUUUAUUGAAGAACCAAAUGUUGGAUCUGGAUAUAUUAAAGAACUAUGUUUUUCAUCUGAUGGUAGACUUAUUUGUUCACCAUUUGGUUAUGGUAUACGUUUAUUAUCAUUUUCAAAUGAAUGCGAAGAAUUAUCAAAUUAUGUUGCAGGUAAUAAUGAACCAACUCAAUUACAUGAAUUAGCAACAAAUAUAAGUCAUUCACAUACUGUACUUAGUACUAAAUUUUCACCAAGACAUUGUCUUUUAGUAUCUGGUUGUCUUGGUGGUAAAAUUGUAUGGCAUCAACCUGUUGUUUAAAUUUAAUUCAAUCAUUAUUUACUUUUUUUUUUUUAAAUAAAAUAUUUUCAAUUAUUUUAAUUAUCCAUAUAAAAUUGUUCCAUUAUUAUUUAUAAUUUUAUAGUUUAAUAUAAUAAUAAUAAUUAUUAUUAUUUAUGAUUUGACACAAAAAAAAAAAAAACAAAAAACAAAUCAAUAAUGAAAUUAUAAAAAUAUAUAUUAUAAUUUUUAUCGUCUCAAAAUAUUGUUAGUUAUUUAAAAAAAUCAUUUAAUACAUAAUUUCGAUUAAUUUUUUUUUAUGUAAAAUUUGUGCCGCGAUUGUGCGAUAGUUACUUAUUCAUGAUGCUACGUAAUAGCUUGCGGCACUAUUUAUAAAAAUUUAUUUCUUAAUUAUUUAGGAUAAAUAAUAAUUUGUCUUUCUUAUACAGUAUCAGUUAUAAUUUUUUUUUUUUUUUUUCUUUUUUUAAAUUAUUUAUAAAAUUAAAAAUGAGAUGAAAUAUGAUGAUGAUAUUACUCAGUGAUUGAAAUCAAU